AUGGCAUUCCUUGGAUACAGUGACGAUUUUGACCUUGAUGAUGAUGGAAUCCUUCGAGACUCUGCUUCAUCUGGUGGUAUACUUAUUGACGAUGAUGGGAUAGUAAGAGAUGAUUUUGAUGCUCAGAGUAAGUACACCUCUCGCAGUUCUACUACCCACUGGACAGAUUCUGGACUAGGUGGAGACAAGCAGUCGGGUGGAAGCACAUCAACCAUCCGUCAGUUUGACCUUCAAUCCUACCCUAGCUAUGAGGCUUUAGAGGACAGUCGCGUGAACAUCAGUGACCUUGAGGCAUCCAAAGAUGACCUCAGUUUUGAGGGGGAUGCGUUCAGGAACAGUUUUGACAGAGACACUGGUUAUGACAAUGGAAAUGUUCGGUCACCAUCUGGUAAACUCCAAAGUGAUCUUCAGAGUGCACUUAGCAGUAGAAGCAGCUUUGAACACUCAUUAACGUUUGAUGAUACAAAUGAUAAUUUCAAAAGUACAACUGAUUCAGGAAACAAGGAAUUAUUUGAUUCGGAUUAUUAUAAACAGUUGGAGGAACUUGGUGUUUUAAUUGAUGGUGCAGAAUUAGCUGAACCUCUGGCUUCUCUCGAUGAGUUUGAAAUAUUAGAAGAUCAUGUGUCAAGGGAAGAUAUUGAAUAUUCUCCCGAACCCAACAAUUCUUUUGAUAACUUAUUGAAGAAAACUCCAAUCAGAAGUCCAGGCAUUGGAGGUUUCCAUGGUGACAAGGGAGAUAAUCGUGAAGAAUAUGAACCACCUGAAGAACGUCAAACGCAUACAAGACCAAACACAGCAAGUUCCGCCCGAACAAUAAGUAGUCGAUCUUUUCCCGAAAUUUCUCCAGAGGAAGCAUUGAAAUACUACAAUGAAAGAGUGAGUGAUCCUGACCAGGAAUUGGAUUUUGAUGUGAGAGAUGCUGAUAGUAUAGACUUUGAGGAGUCCCAGAGGACUGGAGAUGAUGACGAGAUAUUCAAUAUAACUAGUAGAAUAUCUGACGCUCCAAAGCCAGCCAAAAGGCGUGCCUAUGGGACUGAGAGAGAUACGCCGUCCAUGCUGACACCUAGUUUUGGCAGUAGGUCAGGAAGUCGUCAGAGACAAACAAAUCAGUUGCCUAGACGCCCAGGGUCACGUGAGGAGAGAUCUUUUGACCACAACGAUUCAUUUCUAAGUACCCAUUCUUAUACAUCCCGUACCAGUAGGGAUGGUUCUUUAACACCUGUAUCCACAGGAGUGUUCUCAGAGUCUCACCAAGAAGCUCGACCAGGGUCACUGACACCACGAAACACUAGCCAAUCAGAAAUUACAAGACCAGAUUCUGUUGCCAGUCAGAGGUCAGCAGCAUCUGAAAUAUUGUCAGCCAGGUCAAGGCAAAGGUCAUCACAUAAUACUUCAAGGGAAGACAACUCAUCACUUUCAAAAGCUAGAUCACAGGAAAGCUUUUUCCAGGAUUCUGAACUUCAGCCUGUUAGAUCUGCAGAUAAGUCAACGCCAGACAAAAUGCCAAAACGUCUGCUACCAAAACCCAAUUCUACUGAGGUUAGUCAGUCUUAUCGGGUCAAAAGUAAAAGUACCACCAAUAUCGCUGCCAAACCUGGUCCCAUUAAACCCAAACACAUGUCUGUAUCAGACCUGUCUCGUGUACAACUUGAAGAACAUGAAAGCGAGGCCCAGAAUUCUACCUCUGACAAAUCGAAAAAUGAGCUGUCAUCAAAACUGAAUCAGGAAUUCCACAAGAGAAAACAAGCAACAGAGCUGGUUCAGCAACUUCAAAAAGACUAUGAUAAACUUCUGUCUAAGUAUGCCAGUGCUGAACUCACUAUUGACCAGUUACGCCUCGGGGCACGGGUUACGUUACAUUCAAACUCACCGACCCCAAGUCAGGCCACCACAGGGUCAAUGCAGUCAUUGCAACAACCACAGGUCAUGCAGAUGAACCGUGGGGUCAAGUCGCCGUCACCCUUCCAGGGGUCAUUGGGAUAUGCCAGUCCAAUGUCUGUUGACAGUACCGCUGCUGACUCUUACAAUGACCAGGGCCAAGGCUCAAAGAACAAGUUCAGGUCUCAGUCCGAGUCUGCACUCACUAACGGUAACGCUGAGAGGGAGGCACGGAACAUGGCGCUAUCGUCGGAAAAUGGAGCGGAAAGUGUCAAGCUCGGCCUCAUCUUUCAGGCCAAUGGCCUUGAUGACAGGAUGGAAUCCUUCAAAACUUUGUUGGAUGAACAGCAAUUGACACAUGAUGAACAGGAAAAAGUGUUUGAAAAAAUUCGGACAGACCAUGAAAAAUUGCGCAGGGACUAUCUUCAAUCAAAAGAGGAUUACAAUGUGUUAAAACGUGCCAAUGCCAAUGUUGGAGACGUGAAUUUUGAUCAAGAAAAGGAACUGGAAGGAGAAUUAUUUCGAUUGGGAAUGAAAUUUGAUGAAAUUCAUGAAAAAGUGGACGAGAAUAGACAAAAGAAAUCUUCAGAACGACAGCCAUUCCAGAGUAAUCGUACACAAGCAAACGGUGAUGUUUCAUUGGAUAGUAGUGAUGUCGAAGGUCGUGCCAUAGAUCACACUAAAAAGAAAAUCACCAGUGCCAUGGCUGGUGAUGAUCUAGUCAAGCCUCACAAGGAACAAGAGUUUCAGGACUCCGUCAAUCGCCUGCAUGUGGAGUAUAACAACUUGAUGGAUAGGUACCGUCGACUGAAACAGAUGGCACAAACACCCGAACGAGACAAGGAAAUUGAUAAUUUAGUCAAGAAACUGAAACACAUCUGUAAUUCAGAGCCAGAAAUAUUCAAGAUGCCUAAAGAAUUGCAAGAAAGUCAAGGCCUAGAAAUCUCGUUUGCCUCUGAUGUUAGCCAAACAGGUAGUGAUUUAGACGAUGAACCGGCCAGGUGGGAACAACUGCAGGAGCGAGAUGAGGAUGGAAGGCGAAUGUCAGUUGCCUCCCCUGUCAUGGGGCGACGCCCAAGUCAACAGGUGCAACAACGUGAACAGAUGGCUAGUGUCCAGAACCAAUCAUUUUCCAGGGGAAGAGACACACCAACCAAUUCCCACAACUGGUCGAUGGACAGGUCGUACUCAGAGUAUAAUGGAGACACACCUCGUGGCCUACCCCAGGACAACAGUUUACGCCAGUCUAGCAGCGUCAGCAGCAGUCGAAGCAGCCUAUCCUCACGAGGGACUCCUAGAGAUCCAGACAGGAACUCCCCCAACCCCAGGCUCCCUCGACCUCGAAGGCAUGACCACCCCGACAGGAAACAUGGACUCAAGAAGAGACAAGAUGGAGGUAGCCUCAGUAGUCUUGGUGACAGUGGUAUAUCUGAACACGACAACACUAACGGAGGCGGGGCCACAGCGGGCAAUCUCUCCAGCCUUCCAGGGCCAGGAAAGUUCAAACAAAUGACAAAACAGAGAAAUGCUCCUGAUGCAGACAGUGGGUUUAUAGGUUCAAUGGUAGGGUCAGAGGUCAGUCAGAUGUCGUCACGGCAACAGCAACUGCAGCAUCAAGACCAAGCUCAACCCUCAUUACGGUUACGACAUCCAGCAGAUAAUGAAGAAAGACCUAGGUCCAGAUCACGUGACGUAGAGACAGCUUCCAUUGCAAGUUCAAGGUCAGCUAGGUCUGGGAGAACAAGGCAUGAUGAUCGACCCUCAUCUCGAGGGUCACUGAGGUCAGGGAGUCGACGUGACAUGACCACAGAUAUGAGUAGGGACUUCACCGAUGAUAGUUACACCCUGACAGAAAGUGAUGUGAGUUUUGACUCCUCUCACCACUCUCGUCGUAGUCGACAACGACCUCGCAGUAUGGUAGAAGCCUCUAUACAGGAGGAAGAGGAAGGUCGUCCUCCAGCCACUCCUAGACAACAGCAAACAAAACAAAGUCAGAAGUCACGGGUAGAACCACAUCAACCUAUUAUUCGUACUCCAGGCAAGCCUGCAAAGUCAAGAGGGGAUGUUUCCAGGUCAUCCCUAAACAUAUCUGGGGAACACCUUACACCACGGGCAACCCCCAAUGUCAGUUUUAAUGAGAGUCAGGAUGUCUUUUUAUCGGGAGAAGACACUCCAAGACAGCAAACACCACAAAUUCCCAUUGAAGAGCCAAAAGUAGAGGCACAAAAACCUGCCACUGUUACCAGGCAACCACAGCAACAUCGUCGACCACAGACACCACCUGUCGCAAGGGUGGAGAGACCCCCCACUCCUGGGGCCAAAGGUCGGGAGGUGAGUGGAGGUCACAGAGGAAAUGUGAAAACUCAGGAAAGACCAACUGAACAGACAAAACCUAAAGUGAUGGCUGAUAGAAGUGUCGGGUCAGAUAGUGAUGACACUCUGGAGGGCUCAGAAGCAGCAACAGUUACUACUAAGGCAUCUGAAGGAAGUGAGAAAUUCAGGAUUCUGCAGGAUGAGAUUGGCCGGCUUAGAGAUGAAUUCAAAAAGGCAACAGAAGAACAACGCCAACAGACACUACAACAGCAACACCAUCAACAUCACCAACAUGUACCAAUUCAACAACCACAACCUCCUCAACAACAGCAACAACAGCAACAGGAUGACUAUCACUACUUUGACCCCACUGAGGAUGCUUAUGCCUUCAUGAGAGGUCCACGAAGAAGAGCGAAUUCUUUCUCAGGAGCAGGCGUAAGAGACUGGGAUGAUUGGUGGAAGUACCCUCUGAAUAACCCUAAUGAUGGAGCUGAGAUUCCUCUUGGUUAUGCUGCAGCUGAUUCCUAUGCCACUCCUAGGAGACAAGCAGCAGCAGCAGCCGCUGCAGCCACAGCUGCUGCCUUGGAAUCAGGACAAGAGGCACGUCCUAGAGGUCGUCAUCGUAUCCGCAAAAAGUAUCGCAAGACAACCUCUGAGAAUGCAGCCCAGACUCAAGCAGGAUAUGAAUCUGACCAGUCACCAACAAGAGCCACAGCCUCUACUGUCACUGAUGAUCAGUUGUUUAGUUACUAUGUGCCACGAUACCACCAACCUUCACAGAUGGCAGCCACUCCACAGCAGGCACCACAGAGGGCAGCACGCUACAGUUCACAACCCAAUCUUUAUUAUGGGGCCUACCCCACAGCCAAUGUCCAGCCUCAGGUAUAUGCAGCAGUGCCUCAACAGUCCACACCAACUCAGCAAUACACACCCAGAAGUGCCAAUUACUCAACUCCUAUCUCUGCUGGAUACAGCCCAAGGGCACGAUACAGGACUCCCUCAUCACCACAACAACAGCGCACAUACUCUUAUGAUGACAUGGAUGUUCAGGGUCAAGGUCAGACCUACCAACCAGCACCUGUGGCUUAUAUCCUGACAGACCAGGUGCCAGGAGCCACUGAACCAGUGUAUGAAACUACUGUAGAUAAUGCUGUUUGUCCACUCUGUGGAGGAGAAGGAUACCACACCCACACGGAACAGGAAGCAGCUCCACAAACAGCCAGACCCACAGUGGUAUACACACUACCAGAACCAGUCCGAAGGACAAGACCAAGACAAAGAUCCAAAUCAGCCACCAGGGUGCGCCACUACUCCCCUGAAGGCAAAAGGAGGUCACGUUAUCUUGUUCGAGAGUAUCGCAGCGAGAGUGAGAGUGCCGAGUCAGAGGAUGAGUUUUAUCAUAGAAGGAGCAGAAGUUCGGGUAGGAGGCGGCGAAGACCUGGUCGGCGAUACAGAAAGGAGUAUGAGGACGCUCUGAACCAGUCACUCAAUUUGACGGAAGAAAUUGAUGACCUCACAACCAAGAUGAUGUGUACAGUUCGUGGCGAACUAAAGAGAGCCAAGAAACACAAAGACUUUGGCUCCUCUGUGUGGUGA